UCAAACAAAAAGUCACUCAGCUUCCCCAGCAAGCUAGGCGAUCAACGAAACCCGGUUCACUUAAUUAGGGUUCUCAAAAUCCCCGCCUUUUUUUCACAAGAACACUGACACUGUGUGAUAGCUUCAGUUCACGAAAUCAGUGAAUGAAUGGCGAAGGAAGACGAUAAUCCCACAACUCCACUGAUUUCUAAACCGAACUCAAACCCUAAUAAAGACCAGUCUCCGGUUCUCUCCGAAUCAUGUUCUUCCCUUCCCCGCAGCAAUUGCAACAGCAAUAACAACUGCAAAAUUACCGAUGCCAAUGGCACUGAUAAUUCUCCGUUGCAGAGAAAUCCGCAGAGCCCUGAAGAUUUUGUACUAUCGGUGGCUUCGAAAAUUGCGUCUCAGCCUUUGCAGUACUCUGAUCCUGACGUUUGGGGCGUCUUAACUGCCAUCUCCGAUAAGGCCCGCAAGCGUCUUCAGGUCUCUAUUCUUCUUCAAUACCUCCACAUUUUUUCUUAGAGUUCUCUUUUUGGUCCUUUUCAGACAUUUGUAUGCCAUGUAGAAAAUGUUGAGGCUGAUUUUUCUUUGAAUUAUUUGAACUCCAUCACAUAAAGUCUGAUUAUCUUUUUUCGUGCUACGCGAUGAGGCUCACAUUUGCGGAGUCUAUGAAGUAUGAAAAAUUGAGUUUUCUGAAGGUAAGUUGUAGAGUGGACCAAAAUGAUAAAUUCUCACUCCAUGUUUAAUUUGUUAGCUAUUGAGUGUCUGUAUUAACUGGUAGAGCUCAUAAUUUGGGACCUGAUAGCUCUAUUAAUAAUGGCUUCAGGCCUCAAGAUGGUUUAAUGCUCUACAAAAAUAGGAUGGCCACCAGAAAUAAGCUGGUGCAUACAAAAUAUUAUAUCUUGAAGGGUAGGACACGAACAAAUUAUUACAUCCUAACUUUCAGAAGAGAUAUCUUUAAAGCCUAGACCCCAAAGCUGAAGAUCUGGUACGGAGCAUCAUCAUAUAAUGUCUGGAUGUGACAAAAUACUUGAGUAUUCUCUUCAUAAAAAUACUUGAGUAUCCA